ACUAGGUUAAAACACUAUCAUAUAAAAACGUUUUAUCAGUGUAAGUGACAUUUGCUACACAUACGCGUCUAAUAAUACUUCAGGAAUACCACUGAUUACUGAGAGUGAAUCAAACAUAUGAUGAUGUCAGAGGACGGCGUUGUGGCACCUGUCCCCAUAGCAGAGAGUGGGGCCCACGAAAAGCUGAAAAGUUAUUUGCACCAUAACCCCAGCUCACCUGGCACCGACUCAAGCACUGACGACGAGUCAGACUAUGAGCAAGAGCAAGAAAACGACUCUGACACAGAGACAGAGAAAGGAGAUAUGCCUCCAUCACACUCGGGUCGUAAAACGGAAGGUCCCAAAGGCGAGGGCCUUCAAAAAGAGCCACAGGAGCAGACGAGAAGAAUCCCAACACAACCCAGAGUCGACGGAGACCUCAGUAUCCACCGUGUCAUAGAGUGUUCGUGUGAAGUGAUGACUUGCCAGUUUAAUCCCGAAGGAACCCUGCUAGCCCUGGGAUUGAAUGAAGGCACGAUCAAGCUGUAUAAACCAGGGACUGGGGAGUUUGUGAAGACCAUCCGGGACAGUAGCUGCAUCUUCGCCUCCAUGCCAGUCACCUCUAUCAGGUUCUUCCGCAGUGCCCAGGCAAACUCCCUUAUCCUGGCAACAUAUGCAAGUGGGCACGUGCGCUGCUGGUACGUGUGGGGUGGCGAGUGCGUGUGGAGCGUGAAGGAGGCGAAGGAGGUGGUGGAGGGGGGUGGCGUUGAGGGGGAGGGCGCCGGGGGCGGCAGCAGGCAGACACUCUGCAUGUCUGUGUCCUGCUCCAACGAACAGGCCGCCACCGGCGGGUCGGACGCCACCGUGCAACUGUAUGACCUGGCUACGCACCAAGUCAUACAGGCGUUCAAGCCCAGUUCCACGCGUACAAUAAUGGACGGCCACAGGCUGAGGGUAUUUGCCCUGGCCUUCCACCCUGAGAGGGAGAGAGAGUUCAUAUCAGGAGGAUGGGACAACACCGUCCAGUUCUGGGACACCAGGCAGCCUCAUGCUGUUAGGAUGCUCUCUGGCCCUCACAUCUGCGGUGAUGCUCUGCAGAUUGACCCGUUCACGCAUCAGAUCCUCUCAGGGUCUUGGAGGAAGAGCCACAACCUAGAGGUGUGGGAGUAUGGGUCAGCUGAGAAGAACACUGAGGUGCCUCCAGAUCCGCAUGGAUGCAGCAAGAUCUACUCGUGCCACUGGCUGGGUCGAGAUCACAUUGUAGCAGCAGGAAGCCAGCAGAACAUGCUGAGAGUCAUCAACAGACACACACUCAAGACGGUGGGCAGCUACAUGGGUUUGUCGUCGGCUGUGUGCAGCUCAGCGGUGUGUCCGGCGGGAGAGUGGGCGGGGCUAAUAGCGGCCACUACGGGAAACCGGGUGUGUCUGCUGCAACCAGGCGGACAGAGGACCAAGAGACCCACACUGUAGUAUUGUGUGUGUGUGUGUGUGUGUGUGUGUGUGUGUGUGUGUGUGUGUGUGUGUGUGUGUGUGUGUGUGUGUGUGUGUGUGUGUGUGUGUGUGUGUGUGUGUGUGUGUGUGUGUGUGUGUGUGACAGAGAGAGAGAGAGACACACACACACACAGUGCGUGUUUGUGGUAGAGAGAGAGAGAAAGGGAGAAAGAGACAGUGACAGAGAAGGUGUUUGUAUGUGCGGUGUGUGUGUGUGUCUGAAAGAGAGAGAAUGGUUGGAUGUAUGUAUGCAUGUCGUGUGUGUGUGUGCGUGCGUGCGUGUUUGUGUGCAUUGACACUGCCUUCUAUUCUUCUGAGCGAUGUCGGUAUGUGUGCUAUUGGCCAUUCACCCCUAGUAGCAUGGGAAUGCUGGGGAUGUUAACAUGCAUUCUCACUCACUUCUAUAGCCAUUACUCACACCAUAAAGAAAGUUUUGGUUCUCUUUGUUACUUCAUUUUUAUUUCUUUGUUAAAUAUUUUAGCUGUAUUUUGUUUGCUUGGUAAUUUGUUUUCAUUUUUAUCAUAUUGUGUUUGCUUCAGAAUUAAAUAUAGCAAAAUGAAUUUGUGUUUAAGUUGUCAAAAUUAAAUAUGUGACUAACAAGGGCUACAGACCACAUGUAUUCAUUGUGCCAGCGUUGUUUUACAAAACACAGUGUUUGUAAAGUGUGGCCAUCAGGGAAUCUGAGGGACAUGCAUUUGUAUGUUAACUGACUUGAUUUGAUCAGAGAUUAAUCUGACCAAAGUUUAACCAGAGUGGAAAUAAAAGUUAACCAGUUACCCUA